AUGGCUCCAAAGCUCCUGUCCAGCAAGAUACUCCACCUCCACCACCACCACCCGCCGUACAGCAGCCCGCGGUCCGAAGCGACGGCGCGGGCGCGGCUGGAAGCCUGGCGCAGCGGCUUCGACGACACGCUCACCACCUUCCGCGGGCGCGUCGUGCCGGUGCAGGCCGGCGACCUGCGCUACGACAAGCCGCGCGAGUACUGGGUGCUGCCGGCCGGCGGCUGGGAGGUGGUCAAGAUCAGGGCCAAGCUGAUCAAGGCGGCGGCGCGACGACCUUCUUCCAAGUCGCGGUAUAAGUACUGGCUACGGGGGCGCGAGAGGGAGAAUAAACGACAACAGCGACAGCGUCAGCGGCCCCAGCUCCUCGUCAAGCGCAAGCGGCGGUACGAGCCCGACGCGGUCUGGUUCGGGCGGAUGGCGAAGCGGCAGGCGGCCGACAUGCUGAAGCCGGUGGCGGCGCGGCGCGGCGGCGGCGGUCAUGAAUAUGCGCGCGAACGGCUCCUCCACACCGUCAUCAACAACAAGGUCCAGGUGGAGGGAACGGCACACUGCGUCGAGCUCGGACAGACCUUCUUCCCGUGGGCGCGCCUGCCCGCGGCGAUCCAAGCCCGGAUCAUUGCGCUGGCGGCGUGGGGGAAUCCAGACGGCGUAGUAGUGCGAUUGGAACGUCGUCCACUCGACGACGAUGACGAUGACGGGAACAACUUCCGCUUCCAAGCCCGGCCGCUGACCACCUCCCCCCAUCGCCCUCCCACAUCCACACCGACACCCAGCACGCCCCUCCCUCCCGGCCUCCUGACCGUCAGCCGCGCCUUCUCCGCGCGCGUCCUGCACGCCUUCUACGCCACCACGACGCUCCACUUUUGCGCCGCCGCCGACCUGCUCCGCUUCGUCCGCGAGACGUCGACGGCAUCAGCGUCAGACCUGCCGCAUCUGGCGCACCUCGUGCUCGAGACGACGGAUCGGGACGCGUUUGAGGUUUUGACGCCGCGGGGGGCGUUUCCUGGUGGGGGUGAGGGACGGUCGUGUGAGGAGGAGGCGGCGGCGGGAGAGCGGUCUCGCAAUCGGGGGCGUGGCGAGGGACGGUCGGGGCUGCGGAGACGUGGUGGCCGGUUGCGCCGGGUUGGGGAGAAGGAGGAGGAGGAGGAGGAGGAGGAGGAGGGGUCGCGGGUUCGGAGCGACGGCGAAAGUGGCAGUGGCAGCAGCAGCUUGGAGGGGGACGAUGACGACGACCAACACCCGGCGAGUAUCGACGUCAGUCCCUUCUCCUCCUCCAUCUUCUACUUCGCCGAAAGCGAAUCAUCACGGCGGAAGGACCGACGACGACGAAAAGGAAGACUCCCCCGCCACAGACAACGGCAACAACGGCAACAACAACAAAAGAAUCCACCAAAGUCCAAACAUGGCCGUUCCACAGCCACGAAGGAGCAGAAGAAGAGCGACAUCCACAGCCAUCACGGCACCAGCUGCUGUGGUCACGCUCAUAACCACGACCUCAUGCAACACCACAGCCGCCAUCACUCAUCCUCGUCCUCACCCUCGUCCCACUCUGACUCCAUCGACGCCACGACCGAAGAGACGCAGCGGCACCGACCAGCCCGGCUGCGUUGUUGGCCGAAACCCUGCACGGCGCUGGCGCUCCGCCGCCUCUGGGCCAAGGGGAAGGAGAAAGUGACGACGUCAACGUCACUACGGCGCGGGGGAACGAAGACGAAGAGGAAGACGAAGAGGAAGCAGAAGCAGCAGCAAGAGAGCGGCCACGGCUGCUGCUGCUCCCACGACCACGGACAUGGCCGCCACCACCACGGCGACAUGAAGGAAGUAGUGGAAGAAGACGAAGAAGAAGAAAAAGAAGAAGGAGAAGGACGACAAGCUCACCACUCCACACAGCGGCUCCCACAGUGGCAGCGCUCGCUACAGAACGGCUCCGCGACGCAGCCAAAAGACGUGCUAACAGGGCUGAAGACCUUCGUCCUGAAGAUCGAAGGCGGCGGCGGCGGCGGCGGCGGCGGCGGUGAUGGCGAAGCCCAACGGACGAGGCGCCACUUCAAGUGGAUGCGCGUGAUCGAGGACGACGAUAUCGAGAAGCGGUCGCGGCCGCCCAACCCCACCUCCACCCCCAACCCCAGCAGCAGCAGCCGCGAGCCCGAGGUCGUCGUCGUCCCCGGGGGACGAGGAGGAGCACGGCCACCGGACGACCACCGCCGCGGACGGCCGGGACGGGGACGGGUGAUUUGCGACUUGCGAGGCGAUCACUACGGGAGCGAGGUCGGGCUGCGGGCGGUGUGGGGCGCGGAGUGGCUCGUCCGGGGGUUGCGGGAGACGGUGGUGCCGAGGACGUGCGAGGUCAGACUCAGGAUCGAGGGGUUUUCGGUGUCUAGUGGCGGCGGCGGUGGCGGCGGUGGCGGCGAUAGCGACGACGAGGAACAGAAGGCAGCAGAGGUGGCGGUGGUGGUGGAUCCUGCUGCGGGUCCGUCUCGCGGGCGAGAGAUUGGAAAGGCCGGCGGAGGUGGUGGUGCUGAUACUGCGGCUGCAGUACUGCAAUCUUCGUCGCCGCCGCUGCCGAAGCAGCAGUGCAAGAGUCGAGAGAAGUGGUUGUUCCCGAGCGAGGAUUCUUCGGGCGAUGAAGAUUGGUGCUCGGCUCUCACUUCUCAGCACCACCACCAUAAAGUUCGGCCAGCAGAAAGAUCUUUGAAUGCCAGGGGGAAGAAUAUUAAGGGGCGGAUCAAAACUCAUCGGGGGAAGCAGAGCGAAAGCGCUCAGGUUGCCCCUUGGACGGACCUCAUGCUACCGAAUGACUACAAGAAGAAGUUCCGGUUGAAAUUGUUGUAG